AUGUCAACGAGUAGUGCUUCGAGCAACGGAAAAUACGAAACAUUCUCUAUGGCGGAAACUGGGAAAGAAAAUAAAACUGAAUUUGAAAAUAAUGCAGAUGAAGACGAGCUUAGUGAAAACAUCAGCAACAUCUACAGGGCAAUCACACAUGAAACAGAAUUCAAUGCCAGCAACGGCAAAGAUAGUGAUCCAAUUCUGAAGAGACUCUCCACGCUCUCCAAGACUUUAUCCACCAUGAAUGCAGAAAGCAUGAAAUCUUUUAAAAUUAAUGAGAAUGACUUUGACUUGAAAGCUAUUUUAGAGUUCAUGGCUCGUGGGAAUCUUAGGAAUGGUAUUCAAAAGAAAAAUUGUGAGGUCGUAUUUAAGGAUUUAACGAUCACCGGUAAAAAUACAUCUGCUUCUGUCGUUAAGGAUGUUUCUGAUGUCUUUUUCCCUUUUUACUCUUUGAUUAGAAACAGAAGAGAAAGGAAAAAGAACUCCUUUGAUUUCAAGAAACUGCCAAAAUCAAGAAACAUCGUUAAGGGCGCCUCUGGUUAUUUGGAAGCGGGUUCAAUGACGUUGGUUCUUGGUAGACCAGGAGCUGGAUGUUCCUCAUUAUUAAAGAUACUCUCUGGUGAAACAAAAACGUAUACCGGCUAUGAAGGCGAAAUCUUUUAUGGUGGCAUCCCUUCAGAAGAAAUGUUCAAAAAACACACGGAUCAAUUAAUUUACAAUCCAGAACUGGACGUUCAUUUCCCAUUCUUAACGGUGGAACAAACUUUGAACUUUGCGAUUGGGUGUAAGACACCUGUCGUUAGACUCAAUAACAUCUCGAGAAAAGAAUACAUCAAUGUUAUUAAAGACUUAUAUUUAACUGUGUUUGGUUUAAAACACGUUGAAAAAACCCUUGUUGGUAACGAUUUUGUAAGGGGUAUUUCCGGAGGUCAAAGAAAAAGAGUUUCUAUUGCUGAAGCUAUGGUGACUAGGGGUACUGUGUUUUGCUAUGAUAACGCUACAAGAGGCUUGGAUGCGUCAACUGCCCUAGAGUUUGUUGAGGCCUUAAGAACCUCUACGAACAUCACAGAGAACACAUCCGUUGUUACCAUAUACCAAGCUUCGGAGAAUAUCUACCAACUGUUUGACUACGUUACAGUUCUUUAUCUUGGUCGUCAAAUUUACUUUGGCCCCAUAGGCGAAGCGGUUGGUUAUUUCAACCGAAUGGGCUAUCACAAACCUGAAAGACAAACUUCAUCUGAAUUUCUAACCGCUGUCACUGACCCUCUUGCAAGACACAUCAAGCCAGGAUUUGACAUAUCCAGAGUUCCGCAGACUGCCGAUGAAUUCGAAGAAUAUUGGAAAAACUCUCCGGAGUAUGCAAAGCUGCUAAAAACUGUUGAUGAAAAAAUAAAAAUUGCAGACUCAAAGGAAACUGAAAUGGUUUUCAAUAGCGUUAGAGAAACCGAGAAACAAAGAUGGACCUCUUCUACGUCUCCUUAUACAAUCAAUUUUCCUCAACAAUUGAAGCUUUGCUGUCAAAGGAGAUUUCAGAAUAUAGUCAAUAAUAAAGCAUAUACUCUCACGCUUAUGUUUGCUGCCACAUUUCAGUCGUUGAUUAUUGGAUCACUUUUCUACAACACUCCACAGACUACUAUUGGUGCCUUUUCUAGAGGUGGUGUUUUAUUUUUUUCUUGCCUUUAUUUUUGUAUUAUGGCAUUGGCGGAAAUUGCAGCAUUGUUUAUGGAUAAGCCAAUACUAAAUAAACAAAUUUCCUACACCAUGUACCGUCCUUCUGCAGAACUCUUGGCUAAACAGAUGGUUUCUUAUCCCGUCCGUUUGAUUGCAAUUACCAGUUUUUCAUUGAUACUUUAUUUUCUAACCAACAUGAAAAGGCAGCCAGGUGCAUAUUUUAUUUAUUUCUUGUUUAUCAACCUGGUUGUCCCAACAAUCACAUCAUUAUUUACAUUGCUUGCUUCUUUGAUGCCUAAUGUUGCGGCUGCCAAUGGUAUUAGCGGUCUUACUAUGAUGUCCAUGGUGGUUUAUUCUUCUUAUAUGAUUCAAAGACCAAAUAUGCACUGGUGGUUCAAAUGGUUCUCUUAUUGUAACCCCGUUCUAUAUGCCUUUGAGGCAAUGAUUUUGAAUGAGUUUCACGGCCGUGUUAUGCCUUGUGCUGAAAGUCAAUUAAUUCCACAUGGGCCAUCAUAUUCUAAUAUUAACCAACUAACAAAUCAAGUGUGUGGGUUUGUUGGAGCUGCUGAGUCGAAGGAACUUUAUGGUGGUAAAAAUGAUGUUGACGGUAUGAUUUACUUGAAGCUUGCAUUCCAGUACGUUUACCCUCAUUUAUGGAGAAACUUGGGUAUUAUGUUUGCAUUUUUGUGUGGCUAUUUGACAUUGAACGUUAUUUUGGUGGAAAUCUACAAUCCAAUUUCAGCAUCUGCCGACAAGUUGUUGUUUGUUCACGGAGCAAGGAUUCCCUCUUCUCUUCUCGAUGCAAUUGGUUUUUCGGAGACUAAUGACAAUGACUUGGAAGCGCAAACAGUGCUUAAGGAAAAGGGUGACAUUCAAAUCGAGACUGAUGUUGUGGUAUCUCAGUCAUCACACGAUGGCGUAAAUGAGCGAUUAGGCUCACAAGAUAUCUUGAUGUGGAAGAAUGUUGAUUAUGUGGUUCCUUAUGAAGGAGAGGCUAGGAAGUUGCUAGAAAAUGUCCAAGGUUAUGUUUUGCCAGGUACUUUGACUGCAUUGAUGGGUGAAUCUGGAGCGGGCAAAACUACAUUGUUGAAUGUGUUAUCCAGGCGUGUUGAUGUCGGCGUUGUUAGUGGUGAUAUGUUGAUAAAUGGUAAACCGAUCGACUCCUCGUUUGAACGAAGAACCGGUUAUGUUCAACAGCAGGAUCUUCAUAUUGCGGAGUUGACUGUUAGAGAGUCUUUGAUUUUCAGUGCUAGGUUAAGAAGACCACACAGUGUUCCUGAUAAAGAAAAGAUUGACUAUGUUGAUGAGGUUAUUCGGAUUCUACGUAUGGAGGAGUACUCCGAUUCUAUUGUUGGUGCGGCCGGUUAUGGCUUAAAUGUUGAACAAAGAAAGAAAUUGUCGAUUGCUACAGAAAUGGUUGCCAAACCAUCUUUGCUAUUAUUUUUGGAUGAACCUACCUCUGGUUUAGACUCGCAAUCAUCAUGGGCAAUUGUUCAAGUUCUGAAAGACCUUGCACGGGCCGGACAGGCAAUUUUAUGCACAAUCCAUCAACCUUCGGCCACAUUGUUUGAGGAGUUUGAUCGGUUAUUGCUCUUGAAAACAGGUGGUCAAACCGUCUAUUUUGGAGAAAUUGGGGAAAAUUCAAGUACUUUAUUAGACUAUUUUGAAAAGCAAGGCGCUAGGAAGUGUUUGCCUUCGGAAAAUCCAGCUGAAUAUAUUCUUGAAGCUAUUGGUGCUGGAUCUAUAUCCACAACCGAAAAUUGGUAUGAGAAGUGGUGUCAAUCCGAGGAGUAUAUAAAAGUCACUAAGGAUAUUGAACAACUGAUUGAAGAAACGUCAAAGCUUCCAUCUGUUGACAACAGCGAGCUACACACCAAAUUUGCUGCUCCAUACUAUGUUCAGUUUCGUGAAGUUCUAAAAAGAACUUUUUUGCAAUUCUACAGAGGAUUGCAGUAUAUCAUGGCUAAGUUUAUUUUGUUUCUUCUUGCUGGACUAGUUGUUGGUUUCACUUUUUGGAACAGUAAACAUAACGCUAGUGGAAUGCAAGAUGUUAUGUUUGCUUGUUUAUUGGCUGUUAUUAUCGCCUCUCCAAUGAUGAACCAAAUCCAAGCUAAGGCUAUUGCGUCACGUCAAUUAUACGAGGUUAGAGAGUCGAAGUCCAACACCUUCCACUGGUCUUUGCUAAUGAUUUCACAAUUCUUGACAGAAAUUCCAUUUUGCGUUUGUUUCUCCACAAUCUACUUCAUCUGCUGGUACUUCCCUAUUCAACUUGAUAACUCUGCUUCUAGGUGUGGUAUGUGGUGGUUCACCUAUUGUAUUUUCUUCCAAAUAUAUUAUAUUUCAUUUUCCCUCACAAUUGUUUAUGCUGCUCCAGAUUUACCCUCUGCCAAUGUUUUGACUGGUUUGGGGUGGAGUUUUGUUAUUGCAUUCUGUGGUGUUCUUCAAAAUCCUCAUUUGUUACCAGGAUUUUGGAAGUUUAUGUGGAGACUUUCCCCAUUGACAUACUUUGUUGAUAAUUUCCUAUCUCUAGUACUUCAUGAGCGUAAAGUUACUUGUUCCGCAACUGAGUAUAAUUAUCUCCAACCUCCAAGCGGGUCUACGUGUGGCGAAUAUCUUCAAAGUUAUUUCUUAGAUAACAGUGGUUAUGUUGAUAAUCCCAAUGCGACAGCAGACUGCGCUGUUUGUCAGUAUGCUUCUGGUGAUGAAUACUUAAAGACAGUUGGUAUGUCAUACAGUCAUAGGUGGAGAAACGUUGGGUUUUUCUGUGUUUACAUCUGCUUCAACUUAUGUGCCAUGAUGAGUCUUCAUUACUUUUUCAGGAUCAGAAAAUACAGCUUGAAAACUCCCUUUGUCCUAUUGGCCAAGAAUUUUCAGAGAAAGUAG